AUGGCGAGGUCUGACAGCGACCACGUCCCUGGCUGCCCAGCCAGCGCAGCGGCCGGCAUCCUGGGGCGUCCCUCGUACCGCGCGCAGCACGGCGGCGGCGGCGGCAGCGGCGACGGCGGCGGCGCGGGCGGCGCCAGCAGCAGCAACAGCCCGCGCUCUGCCGCCCAGCAGCACGGCCACCCCGCGGCCGCUGGCGACGCGCCGUGGCUGCUGGCGGCCUCGCCGCUGGGCGCGGCCGAGGCGGCCGCGCUCGCGCUGGCGGCGCCCCACCCGGCGCAGCCGCGCCACGCGCCGGGCGGCAGCGCUGGCUCGGCUCGCGACAUACUAUUGGGCAAGGUGCCCCUUGAUGGCGGCGCCACCAGCUUCGGCGCAGCGGUCGCUGCGUCGCGCGCCGCGCACCGUGCCACCCCUGCGGGGAGCGCCGGCGGCUCGUCUGCCGCGCCGCGCCACACGCCCACCAGCAGCCAGGAGUCUGUGUCCCUGCCGGUGCCGGCCGACAGCCCAAGGCUGCUGCCGCCGCGCGUGGCGCACGUCACCGGCGGGGCGCCCGGGGCCGCGGCUCUUGCGUGGGCCGCGGGGCAGCAGCAGCAGCAGCAGCAGCAGCAGCAGCAGCAGCGGGCGCUCGCGUCCGCGCCGGAUGGCGGGCGGUGGCGGACAAUUGAGGGGCAUGAGGGUAGCCGUGCAGGGUAUGAAGUGGGAGUGGCGCCGUCCCCAGCUGAGCAGCAGCACGUGCUGCCGGUGCUGCCACAGCAGCAGCCGCAGCGGCAGCAGCAGCAGCAGCAGCAGCAGCAGCAGCAGCAGCACUGGGAGGAAAGCAUCCCAGCCGCCUCGGCGGGCUGCAUGGACGCUACCCCCACACCUUCCCCCGCGGGCCUCAGCGGCAGCGCCCCCAGCCCCUGGCAGCGCAGCAGCAGCAGCGGCAGCACCACCGUGCCCAGCGGCGCGCUCGAGCCGGCGCCCGCGUUGCGCGGUGGCGCCCUCGUGCGUGCGGGUGGCGGCGGCGGCGGGGGCGCGGCGCGGCACCACCACAGCCUCUCGGCCAGCCUGCCUGUCGGCGGCACGCUCAGUGAGUGGGCAGAGGUCCACGACCCGGCGCCGGCACCUCUCUAUUCCCCCAGUUACUACGGCUCCGGCAGCGGCGGUAUCGGUGCAUACGCGCCCGGCGGCAGCCUGCCCAACACGCCCGGCAGCGGCGGCGGCCUCGCCCUGGCCGGCUCGAUGCCCGCGGUGCUGGAGGGCGUGGCGCCGCCGCUCAGCAGCGGCGACGUGUCGCGGCAGGGCGGCAGCGACCAGGGCAGCCUGAUGGGCGCCCCGCCGUCGCCGCUGGCCGGAGGGGAGAGCGACCGCCACCGCGGCAGCUACCGGAGCAUGCGCAAGGGCCUCAUGGCGUAUGACCACUACAAGCAGCGCCUGGGCCGGCGCCCCGAAGCGGGGGAGCCGCAGGACCCGCAGGCGCAGCAGCAGCAGCAGCCGGCGGACCCCCGGCUGGAGCUGUGCAGGAGAUACCGCAAUCGCGUCCCAGCCAUCUGA